AUGGAAAAUAAAUACGAGGAAAUUAUUACCAUGGUAACAGCCAGUGUAUCUAUUAUUGGGGAUUCGGCACUUGUUUUUAGCGCUGAAGACUCACGCUCUUUACGCGAGAAAUAUGGGAUUGCCGGGAUCUUGACAGGUACUCUUCCCAUUGCGCCUCAACAAAGUUUGUUAUUGGGGGUUCCCCUGCGUUUGAGUGUAGAAGAGGUUCUAUACUUGUACGAGAAGAAGGCUAUUGAGUUCGCUGGCGCUAUUGAUACAGAUUGCUCGAACCCAACAGCAGCCGAUUCUGACGGCGGGUUUUAUGAGACGCCCAACUCAAUCACAACGACCGUCUCCCCAGAUCAAGAAACGCUCUUGUACGAGUACGUUUGUGCACAAGAGCAGGAUAUGGACGAGAUCUACCGGACAUACUGCGUUUUCAAGAAGCUGAAGCAGUACGGACAGUUUAUAUUGCCCGGUUUACGAUUUGGGGGCAAGUUUGUGUCGUAUCCUGGGGACCCCCUAAAAUACCAUUCGCAUUUUAUCGUCAACACCAAGAACUAUUACUCGGACAAGCUGGAUCUGAUGGAACUGACUAAAGGAGGCCGUCUGGCCACAAACGUCAAGAAGAUCUGGCUCCUUGCUGGAGAGAAAGGUAUUUCGCGAAAUCACAAAGAUGGACUGUCAUUUCUCAAACAGGAAACCCGAACCGUUUUAUUUUCGAUAGAGUGGUCUGGUUUUGGAUAA